CUUCUCUGUUUGGAUGAUGCUCGCAACAACUUGAGACAACACAGUUGAAGAUGCAUCCAUGGCAACCGUUGAUGCAUUCUUGAUGAGUUAGUUUUGUUUCAGAGAUCUGUGCUGCAAGGACCGAGGCAGAAAUCAUAAAAGAUCCCCUCAGCGCGUAAGACUUCAAUAACUUAUUUCCACCGAGAUUAUUCUCCUUGACAGAAUCACAAGAGGAUGCAGAAGAGCUUCCUCGUAUAGGUAUCAUAGGAGCAGGUAUAGGGGGAACAACCACAGCAUAUUACCUACGCCAGCUCUUUGGAAAAGAUGCUGUUAUCGACAUUUUUGAGCAGGAGAGGGUUGGUGGACGAGCAAGAUCAAUCGACAUUGAUGGUUUUGAGUAUGAGGCAGGUGCAGCUGUCAUACACCCCCUCAAUACCUACAUGGUCAAUUUUACAAACAUGUUUGGUCUUCAAAGGAAUGAAGCAACGGAUGAAAGAAUUGGAUUUUUUUGGAUCUGAUGGGAUGAAAGUUGAAACUAGCACAUGGACAGCGGUUACCAUGGCGAAGUUGGUGUGGCGUUAUGGCUAUGACAUUAUGAAAAUUCAGAACUGGGUUCAAGACUCACUGCUGAAAAACUUUACAAGAAUCUACAAGGUCCAGAAUGAGGGGAUAGCAUUUACAACAGUGGAGGAUAUGCUGCAGGCGAUGGAUCCGGAGUUUGUGCGAUACACUCACACUACCAUCAUGGAUCUGAUGAAGGAGCAGGGCUUCUCAGAUAUCUUCAUCCAGGAGAUGGUACACGCCAUCAUGAGAAACAACUACGGACAGAGUGUCGCUAUGCCAGCCUUUGUUGGUGCAGUGUCAAUGGCAGGGGCACAACCUGGUUUAUGGUCGGUCAAGGGAGGUAAUAAGCUGGUUCCUGAAAAACUUCUGAAGAAAUCUAAUGCAAACUUGAUCAGUGCGAAGGUAACACAGAUUCUGUUGCAGAAGGAUGGUGAAGGAGUUACCUAUGAAGUGUCAUAUAAGACCCCGAACCCUGAAAGCAAGGAUCAGGAAGAAAACGCUCGGGAAUAUGAUAUUGUUGUCAUAGCAACGCCUCUUCCUACCGGGCAAACAGAUAUAAAAUUUGAAGAUUUUUCACAACCCUUGCCUUUUCCAGACUUCAAGAUGCAUGAAACAGUAGCUUUGUUUGUUCAGGGGCACCUUAAUGCUUCUCACUUUGGUUAUGAAAAUCUGAAAGAUGCACCCGGAGGAAUUUUCACUGUUGAUGAAGAUGUGUUCUUUAACUCAGUAGAAAAACAAAGACCAGUUACUUUUAAGGAGCAUUUGAAAAAGAAGGAUGUUGAGGAAGAAGUUUAUAAAGUUUUCUUAAAUCGGGUUCCUACUGAACCAGAGGUGAGAUUGUUAUUUUCAGGUCGAAAAGACUUAAGGCUAAUCAACUGGAAAGCAUAUCCUCAAUACAGCACAAAUAUGGAGUUACCUCCCUUUGUUUUAUAUGACCGACUGUAUAAUGUAAAUGCUGUAGAGAUUGCAGCGUCUGCUCUAGAAAUGAGUGCCAUUGGAGGCCGUAAUGUGGCACUGCUGGCUUACAAUCACUGGUAUGGCCAUUUGGAUAAGAUUGAUGAGGUAUCAGAAGGUGAGACAACUGCAGCCAAGCAAGAACUGUAAUCAUUAUUGUGUAGCAGUUGAUUGUCAUGUGACAUUACAUGUUACCAUAGUAACCUUCAUUUCCUGUUUCUUUAAGUUCAUGGGCUGGGUGCAAGAAAUUGUUUGAUUUUUUUCUUAAAUUUGGAUGAUUGAACUAUUUUAAAUGUUGGUUUUGGGGGAGUGACACUUCAACUCCAACUGUGUAUUAUGUUGAUGUUAAAUUUCUGAUUGUCAUCCUGCUGUUAUUUUGUAUGGGUCAUAAUAUGAGAAUGGAUACUAUACAAGCCAUUAUAAGCCUGUAAUGGCACACUUUGCAGCCUU